GGUAUCACACGGACGGCCAUGUUUUCGAAACACAAACAACAAGAAGAGCAGCGACUAGGAGCCAGCAGACACAUACUGAUACGCAGCAGCGUCCGUUGGAGGAGAGGGGAAAAAUAAUAAAUAAAACACAGAGCACGACUUUCUGAAAGUACGAUUCUGUCGAAUGAAUACGUUUACAGUGUUUAAGAGACCAAUGCAUACGAGAUAUUGGCAGUAGACACACCGUACCGACAACCAGUCUGGUAACGUUAGCUAUAAACAGUGAAGUGGUGCUAAGGGAGGAGGACAGGAAAUAAAGGAGUCACCUGGAGGGUCUCCGUCAAUCAACAUUUCAGUUGGAGCGAGAGAGAAGAAGGGACGGAGGGAGAGAGAAAAGAAAAGAGGAGUGCGAGUCGUGUCUGCUCUUGGCAGCUGUUCCAGCAGCCUGUUUCAGUGUUGGGGCUGUUAUUUCGUUCCUGCGUUACCUUUUUUGAUGAAUCAACUCAUAUUUUUAACUUUAAUGUGAGCUAUAACUGCUGUAAAAAAAGAAAACAUUAUUACUAGCAAGUGUGUUUUAUUUUUGUUCCAUUGUUCAUUUCCAAGGUUUUUUUCGUUUAUUUUCUUUGUUUACCUACCAUUUUUUCGGCUGUGAGUAGCAGGAGAUUCCACUCUCCAAACUAUAGUCGAACCCCCUUCCUUAUCUAGUUAGGACCUGAUAACCUGGUAUUCCUCAAGCACCUGCAACUGGCAGCUAUUCUCUUUGUGUCUGUGUGCUUGGGGAGCUCUGUGACCACAGCUUAAGCACCACUCAGCCUUUUAGUCACCUAAGCCUAACUAAAGCCAGCCAGCUCUAGCCUGGUCCAGCACAGUCCAGCCUGCUCCGAUCAUCUGGACAGGAUACUCAGUUCUGUGUGGACGUGAGGAAUAUGACUGCUGAGACUCUUAACUUCGGCCCAGAAUGGCUCCGUGCACUGUCCAGUGGGGGGAGUGUGACGUCCCCCCCUCCUUCCCCCGCCAUGCCAAAGUACAAGCUGGCCGAGUAUCGCUACGGCCGAGAGGAGAUGUUAGCACUUUAUAUCAAAGACAACAAGGUCCCAGAGGACAUGCAGGAUAAGGAGUUUGCUGCUAUUCUGCAAGAUGAGCCCAUGCAGCCACUGGCACUGGUGCCUCUCACUGAGGAGGAGCAGAGGAACUUCUCCAUGUCUGUGAACAGUGUGGCGGUGCUAAGGCUCAUGGGAAAAGGGGUGGGCGCCACAGCCCCAGCUGGAGUGGUCCGAGGACGAGGGGCCGCGCGAGGUGGUCGAGGACGAGGUCGCGGUGAAGGUGGAUUUUACCAAAGAAGUAUUGAAGAACCGGAGGUGGGUUUUGGACGCGGCGUCCGAGAGAUUCAUCGCAGCCAGAGCUGGGAUGACCGGGCUGAGCGUAGAUUUGAGAAGCCGAUCCGGCGGGAGGUCGGGCGUCCCGGCUUUGAAGAGCCUGUAGUGCCUGUGGUUCCAGGACGGAAGGAUUUCACAAGGGCUGACAGCGAUAACUGGCGCAUCCUCCGGGAGGAGCAGCAGGAGGAGGAGGAGGCGGCGGCGGCAGGGGGGGGGGUGGUGGUGGUGGAGCCGGGAACCAACUGGAGACUUACAGGAGUCCGCAGGGAUGAUGGGGGUCCUCGCUCAGCAGGCUGGCGGGAACACACCGGUCCCGGCGAGGGUCGUCGUCGGAAGUUUGAUUUCGAUUUCAGGGAUGCCGAUGGCCAUGGUGGUGGCCGCCGGCGUGAGGGACUGGACGACGGAGACGGCCUGCCUGAGUGGUGCACAGACGAGGAAGACGGGGAGAUGGGCACGUUUGACUCCUCUGGAGCUUUCAUGGCUUUGAAGAAGGGUGACAAGGACAUAAUCCUGGAGGAGGAGUUUGAUUUUAAGGGGAUAGAGGACGAGGAAGACGAGGAGUUCUACGCUGACAUGGAGAGGAACAGUGCUGAAGAAGACAAGGAGAGUAAAGAAGCUGGCUCUGCUGUAAGGGACGGCGAGACAAAGCCAGCUUCACCCUCAUCCUCUCCUCCUGCACUGCAACACUGUACCCCCCCCUCUGUGGAGCAUCGGCCCAGCAACGCAGGCCUGUUGGUGGACAAUGCUCAGCUGAACAACAGCCACCCUGUCAAAGCCAGCAGCGCGCCCAGUGAAGACAUGGCUCCUGUAGGGGUCUCUAAGAGCCAGCUGAGCCCCAGCGCCCCCCCUUCCUCCCGCAUGCCUCCUCCACCUCCUUCCUCUGCUGCUCCUCUCCACCCUCCACCUGGAGGGGACACAGAGGACGAUGAGGGCAUGAAGCACCUGCAGCAGGAGGCAGAGAAGAUGGUGGCGUCACUGCAGGACACUUCUCUGGAGGAGGAGUGCUUCACCCAGGCUCUGCAGCAGCAGCAGGAGUGCAGGAACACAGCCGCCGCUCUGCCGCUGUCACACGAGGCCGCCAUGAAGUGGUUCUACAAGGACCCACAGGGAGAGAUCCAGGGUCCCUUCACCACGGUGGAGAUGUGCGAGUGGUUCCAGGCCGGCUACUUCACCAUGACCCUGCUGGUGAAGCGUGGCUGCGACGAGGGCUUCCAACCCCUGGGAGAUGUCAUCAAAAUGUGGGGCCGGGUGCCCUUCGCCCCAGGGCCCUCCCCUCCGCCCCUGCUGGUGAGACAGCCACCACCGACGCAGCGCCCGCAGCCCACCCGGGGGUCCGCCGGGACUGUGAGUCAGAGCUCUGCCAACGUAGAGGAUGGGGAGGGGAGGAUGCAGAGGAGAGGGAAGCUUGAUAGACAGGUUACGGGGAACCUGGACCAGGACCGCCUGAAAAAGCAACAGGAGCUGGCGGCAGCAACAGCUCUCUAUCAGCAGCUCCAACAGCAGCAGCUAUUUCAGCUCAUUAAUAGGUGCAGUGAGCAGGGUAUGAUGCCUUCGAUGAACAGGUCGAUGUCAGUGCCAGAUACAGGGUCCAUGUGGGACAUGCAUACCUCAGCUUCACAGCCGUCAGGCGGUGAAGCCAGUCUUUGGGACAUAACAAUGAAUCCUUCUACUCAGGGUCCAACUCUCGAACAGCUUCAAAAGCUCCAGCAGGAGAGGAGAGACGCUGAACUCAGGGCGAAGCGUGAAGAGGAGGAGCAGCGUAAGAGGAGGGAGGAGAAGAGGAGGCUUCAGGAGGAGCAGAAGAGGAGGGAGGAAGAGGAGCUCUUCAGACGCAAGCAGUGUCGUCAGCAGCAGGAGCUGAUCAUGAAGUUGCUGCAGCAUUCCCCCCAGCAGCAGGGUCCUGGGGCAGGCAGCUCAGGCUGGAGCGGGGCCCCCUCCUCAGGGCUCUCCAAGGCAGGAAAGCCCCCUGCUCUGGCUCUGCUGGAGAUGCAGCAGGAGGCAGAGAGGCUCCUGAAGCAGCAGCAGCAGCAGCAGAGAGCCCAGCAGCAGAGAGAGCGCCUCUCUGGCAUGUCGAUGGGGAGCUCCUCCAUGGGCGGGCAGUGGGCGGAUGGUGUUGGCAUGUGGGGCGGGCCUGGAGGGAUGGAGGGCAAGAGCAGCAGUGGAAGCUCUUCAGGCAGCAUGGGCAUGUGGGACGAGGCUGUGAAGAACCAAGCCAGCCUGCGUGGCAACAGCAACAACAACAUGGGCCUGAAGAACAGCCGCAGCAGCCCCUCACUCAGUGAUCAGUUCAUGAUGCGUAGGAAGCGGACUGAGGACGAGGACAAGCUGCUGAAGCUGCUGCAGGGCAUGAAGCCUCAGGACGGCUUCACUACCUGGUGUGAACAGAUGCUGCACGCUCUCAACACCUCUGCCAACAACUCCUCCUCCCCACUGGAUGUUGCCACAAUUGUGGCCUACCUGAAGGAGAUGGAGUCUCCCUAUGCAGUGCUGGAGUUCAUCCGGUCCUACCUAGGGGACACAGUGGAAGCCAAAGAGUUCGCCAAACAGUUCCUGGAGCGACGUGCCAAACAGAAAGCCAACCAACAGAGACAGCAGCAGCAGUUAUCAAAGGAAGUGGCUGGAUUGAACAUGAACUUCCCUCUGCAGGACUCAAUGCGAGGAAUGAAUCCAAGCACCCUGCAGUCCAUGUUUCAACCCAACCACAUGGGCAAGUCUGGUCUCUAUGAAAACCAGGGAGGGAAGAUGAAGAAGAAACAGCCCAUGAUGCUGCACCCUGACCCCAGCAUCUUAGGGUACUCAUUCCACAACGCGAGCGAGUGUCUGAGCCUGAAUGAGAUGGAGAUGGUGGAGGAUUACUGAUGUGACGCAGCGCAGCAGCAAUAGCUACCUGAGGCCUUCUGUCUUUUAAUCAGACAAACCUGAUGACGAAUGUGCACUGCUGGGGGAACCGGGAGGGGGUAGGGGGGGGGGGGUGGGAAGGUGCAGGGUGGAGGCGCCUUGAUCUGUGCCUCCCACUCUCUCCUUCCCUGUGGCUAGAACAAAAAGGGCUCCCUGCUGCACCAGUUGAUCACUUGAGCAGGGGAGAGGGGGGUGAUGUAUAAAGGAAGAUGGGUAUCCUCUGGCACUCAAAAGAUUAAGCACCUUAUACUGAACUAAUGCACUUUAUUGAGAUGGGAUUUGAAUAUUUUUUUUUCAUGUGUGUGAAUGUGUGCGUGCGUGUUGGGAAUUGGUGCACAUACGGUGUGUGAACAUACACAUCUUCUGCGUGCAUGUGCAUCAGAACUGGAAGGGUGUGGUGAAACAGUCGGUGGGUGAAUGGUCGGGCUGUUUUCAAAGUCAGGGGGACCUUUAGUUGAAACCUUUAUCAGAGAGCAAAUCCUUUCUCUAAAGACAAACACUGUUGAUAUUUCUCUUAUUUAGCAUUUUUUUACGUUUAUAUAAAAAGUAAAGCUAUUGAAAAAUAGAUUAUAAAAAAACUUGAAGAUUUGCACUUGCCUAAAAAAGAAAUAACAAAAACAACAAAAAAAUCAAACAAAUGGGGUUAGUUCUAGAAGUGAAUAUUUGUGUGAAUGACUGAGUGUGUGAUGCUUGGGUUGUGUCAGUAAUAUACCAGUCUGCACAAUGUUUGUUUUUUUCAUUCUUUUGUUGCUUACCAAGAUGUAUGAAACAUAAGAGGCCAUUUUUGUCUUUUUUGUUCAAAUGGUAAUUUUGUAUUCUCAUGUUUAGAGAGUGUGUGUUUGUGUGUGUGUGUGUGUGUGUGUGUGUGUGUGUGUGUGUGUGUGUCCCUCCUCCAAACAGGGACGUUGUGAGAGUUGAAUGAGUGAGACAGAGAGAGGGCAAUUGCACAACACAUCCUUUCUCUCACCAGCUCUUCAUCCCCAUGAUAGACGAAAUAGAAGUGCAUACAUUUGUAAAUGUUAGCUUUGCGCUCAUCACACGAUGGCACCACUAGUUUAUUUCCCUUAAGCCCCUCCCCAUGGGGAGCCGUCGGUAGACCUGUGAGGACUGGCAGACAGGGCGAAUCAUGAGGGACAUUGCUGUGCGUGCAUCAGAGCGAGACUUUGUAUGUGUGAGUUUUCAUGUUCAUUUACUGUUCAUAGAAAUUAGUUAAGACUACAGGUACUCAUUUUGAAUACAUGUGCUUUUUUGUAUGUGUAUGAAUGCACAUUUGUGCCUAAGAACUUGGAUAGGGUGCGUGGCCAUUGAGACAUUAACUCUUUUUUGAGAGCGAGUGUGGUGUGUGUCAGUGCUCAGCACAGUGUAUGUAAGUUUAUAUCGUAAAUGUUUCUAGUUCAGUCUAGGGGUGAUCCAUCGGAAGGUUAUUCCAGUCUGUUUUCCUGGGGUGUGAUCACGUUGCCUUUUGUCAGCUCUCGAACUUGUGAAUGAAAGGUGUCGAGAUUCUGACUCUGAAAAGAAAACAACAUCUUAAUGUGCAAGUGCACAGAAGGGUGCAUGACAUGUUAGCAUAUUGUGUUACUUAUUCGUUGUUGCAAUUUGAUAAUGACGAGUUUCUUUUUUUAAUGAAAAAUAUAUAUGAAUAUAUAUACAUUAUAUACAAAGUUUAAAAAGUAUUUGGACUAAGAUAAUGAGCACUUGGGGCUGCUAUUUUUGUUGUGUGUUCUAAUUUUUUUCCUUAAAUUGUUUUUCAUUUUUGUUUCAUUAUCGCCAUGUGAAGUGUGUAUUAUUUCUUAAGAAAAUAUUGAAUGUAUUCCAAAAAAAUGACAAGAAACCCGUGCUGAUACCAGAUUUUAUUUUUUUUUCCUCAGAAGAUUUCAAAAAUGGAAACAAAAUACAAAAAAGCUUCAGAGUUUAGCAAGAACUUUUUUUAAUUUACAGUGGAAAAGAAGAAAAAAAAACUGGGGCUGGAAACAGUUGAACACACUGCCUCUACAAUCCUGGUCGUACACAUAGUGACUAAGAAUGAAAAGACUCUUUCUAUUCCAUACUGGAGCUUUGGUUGUUUACAAACCACAUGGAUAUCUGUGGGUGCAGUUUUGUUAUUUUGUUUUAUUUUUGUUCCCACAUGAGACGGGUGGGGUUUGCAAGUGCGCUUCUGCCAUAUGGACAUUGAGUUGUGUUGGGUUUUUUUUGAGGAAGAGCGGCAGGUAUCGCAAGAACAUGGACACGAUCCUCCGACUGGACCUCUGUGUGUGGUCAUGGAGAAUUGAUGAUCCACCACGGAGGAAAGGGAGGGAAAUCAAGGAUGGGCUUUGUUUGUGGAGUGCAGGGCUGCAAAACCCUGGAGGGAAGAGAAGGUGAUACGUGUACACCUGGUUAGUGCGCUUGUCUCCACCUCAACCCUCAGAAGCACUCACCUGCCCUCACCAACUCACCUAUGCACUUUUGUUCAUUCAAGCUGUGAGGUACAAUUUUGGGGAUGGGAGCACAAUUACAACAGGAGGAUUGCUAAGACUUUGACAAAGUCACUGAAAAAAAAAAAUUCCCAAACUGAAAUAAGAGACUCGAGAAGAACGUCUUCUCCCACCUCCUGUAUAUAACCAUAUUUUUGUAUUAUCUUUCGGAGAAGAAAGAAACUUUGCAAAUGGAUGAAGGAAAAAUUCAUGCGACGUUGACUAUAUGGAGUGAAUGUUCUUCAAGAAAACCAAUCUUUUUGAGUAUAGUUUGAGAUGGACUCGCUGUGAGUUUCCCUUAGUUUGCCAGUAACCCUGAAAUAAUCCGGGAUGGAAGGGAAAUAAAAAAAACAAGGACUAAGUUUGUAGGACUUGCUAAAGUGGCUCCGAGACUGACUGAGAGUUACUUAUCAAAACGGAUGCUGCCGUCUCGACAAAAACGUCCCACCAAGAGUGUUUGAUCAACAUACACGGUGAAGAGGCAGACGUGGGUUUGAAGGUCUUCUCCGAACCUGAUGGCUGCCUCCAGAGCUGUGGAGUUACUGCAGGAGGAACAAUAUUUGGCAAUGGAGUCUGGCUGUGCUUUAUUUGCUGCCCUCUGCAAGGAGGAUCUAAUCUACAGCCAACCCAUGAACCAGUUUACCCUAAACCUUUUGAACUUAAACCCUAAGAAACUUUUCUGUCUUGACCUCAGACUUGGCAAGCCGCUGGCAUUAUCAGUUGGACAGUUGCAAGAUGAACAGGGUUAUAGGCCGUGGAUCCCAUCUGUGUUGGAAGUGUGAGGAUCGGGACUUGAUCUCCCAUGGAGGAAAAGGAUGAAGAGGCACGUAUUGCCCAGAUGUCAUCACCCCACCUCGGCCUGAAGCUCUCAGGCAGUCGCGUGGAGGUCUUCUAAGCGGCAGGACAGAAGACUCAGCUGGAUUGGGUUUCGACGGACGUGGCUGGAUUACAUCAAAGUCACCAGGAAUCCCUGCAGCUGUGGAACUGGAUGAACUGAAAGAAUUGUACAAAAAAAACAACAAAAAGAAACUUUGAAACAUGACAAAACACAAUCGAGUAGCUACACGUCACAUAGAUUCUAGUUGCGGACACACUACAUGCACAUGCUACAGCAAAAGCAACACACAGUGGCUCUCCCUGGAACCACAAACACACAACAGGGCUACACCAACAUUAGAUGACACACACACACAAAUCAUUGCUCAAUAUAAUCGCUGAGCUUUGUAAAUAAUGUAAAAGUUUGUGUUUUUGAUUUUUCUCUCAUAGUGGUUUUGCUUUAUUUCUCUGUUCAACAUGCCUUAAAUUGUAUAGUUCAGCUCUGAAUGGCUAACUGAAAAUGUUCUCUAAAAGGUGAAUUUAAGUUGGAAACCGCCUCCUUUAACUGUCCUCUAAAGUGGAAAGAGAGAAAGGAGCUUUCUAAACGUUUUCUGUUUGUUAACAGGACAGUGUUCUGUAUUCAUUUGAGACCUCUAACCACCAUGAAAGAGACUGUUUUGCUACAGAAAGAGCAAGCACUCUUUGAUUCAUCCGAUUGAGCUGGUGGUUAGCUUGUGUUGCCCUUUUGGUUUCCUUAAAGUUUAGAAUUGAUUUGUUCACAUUUCCUGUUGGAUAAUUGCAAAAAGUGCAGGCUUAAUAAAGGGCUGGAGUCUGUACUGUAUGGAGCUGAGCUGACUGGGGGGAAACAGACGUAUUAUUGUGUGACAUAUUGUUGGAUAUACUGCUUUAGGCAAAACUGAACAGGUGACAGGUCUUCCAAGUAGGGGCUUUUUGGUUAUUAUUUGUAUACACUCCGGCUGACUUUAACGUUUUGGAAGCAACUAGAUACUUUUUACAGUUACGGGAUGUCAAAUCAGUUUUGUGAGAAGCAUGAUUGCAUGAUGUGAGUAUUUGUGGGUUUUGGCGCUGAACCUUGACGUGCGUAACAAUUUGUCCCAGAUUGCAGCAGUUUUGUUUGUGUACCGGGGAGUGCUGCUGACUAUCUGAAUGCACUGAAUAGAUAAGAAAUCGGCCAGUCAGUUGUGUGUUAUCCAAAAGGAAAUUCUUGUCCUGAAAAUUUGGAAAGCGUCUUGUUCCAUUUGUGUAUAUCUAAUUGGAUUUGAGAGAUUAAUGCUUUUAGACGACUAGUUGCUUUUUGUAUCAUUGACAACUAAACACUAUGCCGUUUUUAUUCCAAUUGGCAACUGAGGUUACAUAUGUAAUAAACUCGUACAUCUGUUUAGCUGAGAUUUUGAUGGAUAGCUAACUGUACUACGUUUAAUGUUGUCUUUAUCAGUUGCCAAAACAACAAAUUAACUUUAUAUUAUCACGUCUGUUGUUUGAGAGUGAUAUUUUUAAAUGCUGAUAUUGUGUGGUAUUAGUUGUUGGUUGGUCAGCCUGUCUUAAUAGAGUAAAACAAAGUUAUUUUACUGCACCACAGGUGCUUUUAUGAUUAGAUAAACUGCAAUAUUGCUUCUUCCAAAAGCCCACGAUAUUUAAUUACAGCCUUUGAAAAGAUGAUGUCACGUCCUGUCCACCUAAAUUGGUAUGAAACCUGGUUCAGUUUAGUUCUGGUAACUGUAAAUCUAACAAUAUGGAUACAAAAAAUAUAUGUUAAGUUAUAUCCCAGUCAGCUCAGCUCCUUGAAUAACAAGUCUUUGAAUGUUGAGAUAACAGCAUAAUGUGAUAAACUUUUUGGAAAAGAACAAUUGAAAGAUGUGUAAAUAGUUUGGCUUUUGUUUGUUUGAAGAACAAAAAUAAAUACAAAAUAAAUAGCA